AUGCAUGAUUUUUCUUCUGGAAUGGGGGUUAAGUUAUUGCCUUCAACACCUUAUUAUGCUCAAGAAAAUGGUCAGGUCGAAGCAGCUAAUAAGAUUGUCAUUAGUUUGAUCAAGAAGCAUGUUGGGAAGAAACCAAAGAAUUGGCAUAAAAUGUUAGAUCAAUUCUUAUGGGCAUGUCGGAUCUCUCCCAAAGAGGCAACAAACAUGACUCCAUUUAGAUUGACUGAUGGACAUGAAGUUGUCUUUCAAGUCAAUGUCGAUUUAAAACCGGUUCGAAUUCAAAGGCAAAGAGAAAUUCCAUAUGAUAAUUAUUGGAGCGUGAUGUUGGAAGAAAUGGUCAAUUUAGAUGAAGAAAGGUUGGCAGCAUUAGUUGACUUAAUAAGACAAAAGGAGUGA